UGCACCUCAAACUGGAUGAUAUGAAGCGUCCGGUGAAACCAUAGAAGCAGAACUCUGUGGAGGUCGCAUCAAACUGUUCCAUGAUGUCUGCAAUAUAUCCCACUGUUUUGCUCUGCGUGUACGGCUUCUUCUCCAGCCUGCGGCCGUCGGAACCUUUCCUCACUCCCUACCUGAUGGGACCGGACAAGAACCUUACGGAGACCCAGGUUACCAAUACAAUCUAUCCCGUAUGGACAUAUUCCUACCUCGCCCUCCUGUUCCCGGUCUUCCUGGCUACAGACUACCUCUGCUACAAGCCCGUGUUGGUACUGCAGGCCUGCAGCCUGGUGCUGACCUACAUCAUGCUUUGGAAGUCCCAGGGCAUACUGGCUAUGCAGCUGCUGGAGUUUUUCUUUGGACUGGCCACGGCGUCGGAAGUGGCCUAUUACUCCUACAUCUACAGCGUGGUGGAGCCAGAGCUCUACCAGAGAGUCACCAGUUACUGCCGCAGUGUCACUCUGUUUGGCUCAGCUGCCGGGUCACUCAUGGGUCAGCUCUUGCUUUCGUUGGCCAAAGUGGAGCUGGUCCACCUUGUCAUCAUUACGCUGGCAUCAGCCGUCGUGUCCUCUGUCGCCCCCUGGUUCCUCCCUAUGCCCAAGAGAAGUUUGUUUUUCCACAGGAGUCCAGGAGCAGCAGAGGAACCUAAAGCUACCAUCAGUUCCAACACAGAAAAUGGGGAGAAUUCAGAAAGUAGAGCGUUUAUGAUGUCCAGGUCAUCUGAAGCAGCAGGUGGCAGCAGUGGUCUUAUCCAGGUGUUGCGGAUGCUUUUUGAUGAUUUUGUGCAAUGCUACAGGUGUCGCCCUCUGCUGGCGUGGUCAGUGUGGUGGGCCCUGGCCACAUGUGGCUACUUCCACAUCAUCAACUACGCUCAAGUACUGUGGGAGGACAUCCAUUUAUCCAAGGACAAUGAAAUCUACAACGGUUAUGUAGAAACUUUGUCCACGCUGCUCGGCGCUCUGGCUGUUCUGCUGGUGGGCUGCCUCCCUGUGUCCUGGGCUCGCUGGGGAGAACUGGUUCUGUGGAUCCUGUCCCUGCUCAUGGCUGUGUGCGUGUUCAUCAUGACCCUGCAGAAGAACAUCUGGAUGUGCUACAGCUCCUACGUCGUCUUCAGAGCCGUUUACAUGCUUCUCAUCACCGUGGCAACGUACCAGAUAGCAGCCAACCUCAGCAUGCAGAGAUAUGCUCUGGUGUUUGGAGUCAACACGUUUGGGGCUCUUCUGCUGUGGACUCUGAUCACUGUGGUUGUGGUGGACUCAUCUGGACUGGGUCUCAACGUUUUCACUCAGGUAAAAUGUCAUUAUGUGGAGAAAGCUUUUCAAUAUCUGGGUUGUGUGUUUGAUGGCGGCCUGCAUUGUCUUCCUCCCUUAGUUUCGCAUCUAUGGAUACUACUUCGCAGUCAUAUCUGUGAUCUUCCUCCUGGCUGGGCUCUACAGAGUGUUCUCCAGGCGCACCAAUGAGGAAGUUCUGACUCAGGUCCACCGAGAGUCCAGCACUUUUUCAAACGGUGACUGCAUAGGAGGGUGAUUCAUGUUAAUGCUUUUAUCAGAAGUUGCACUCAGCUAUAACUCUCCUAGUUUGCCCGAUUGAUUCUUCAGAAAUGUGACCGGUUAGGAUCCCUGAUCAAACCGAAAUAGCUCUGCGCUACCUUCUGCUGCUAGAUAUUUAUUGUAGGCGUAGAAUCACGUUGAAACUGUUCCAGCUCCUGCCUCUCUAGGGAACAGGACAGUUUAGUCAGUGAAAUUAUCGGUAUUCAAACUAGGUACAACAGGGGGAACAUAAACGUGCAAACAGAAUGCUCCAUUUAUCCUCUCAGAUCUGAUGAAAUCUGGGCUUAAUGCAAAUGUUUUACCAGCGUCUUCAAACAGACCAUGUCCAGUGACCUGGUGAUUUUAUUCAAAUUAAACCUGCUCAGUGGUAGAACAGGGCCUGUAUGAGAUUACAAUAAAUCAAUCUAUAUUUAUUGUAAUCCAUCUUCAAUCUCUGUACCUCUUAUUUUUAUGUAUUAAUCUGUCUGAAUAUUUGUAUCUUGUUUGUUUUAUGGGACUACAGAUGCAAAUUAGCAUCGUGCUAAAUCCAGUAUAUUUACGACAACAUUGAAUGUUCAUUAAUAUCCAUUGUCUGGUAAAGAAUUGAAUCAAAAAUCUAUACCACCAUGUCAGAGUAUUUAAAGACAGAUUAUAACAAGUAUAAGAUGAGUAAAUGUUCCUUCUUGAAAGAAGAACAAUGUACCACCCUUCUUCCAGCCCACUGACAAGCAGUGCACAGUAACAGGAGGGAGAGGCGCAGCGCCGCAUAACUUUGACCUUUAUACCACCUAACUGGUUCAUGCCUCCUGAGGGCAUCUGAAAGGGCUUUGAAGGUCCAUCAUAACAGUGGAGGAGAAACUGAUUGAGUUAGUUCAGCUGGAUGGUGUAUAUGAUGACAUCAUGAAAAGCAACCAUUGUAACUUGGUGAGCUGCUGCAGCUCUAUGCAGUGUUUAUGACAACUCUGUGGGCAGAAAACCACUUUAACUUAAAAUGAGAAUUUUUAAUCCUUCACAAUGUCAUUUCUGUUUGAUUCUAGUUAUUUAAUUAUAUUUAUCUUUUUUUUAAUCACAUUUAACCUUUUGUCCUGUUGAUGACAUGCAUGGUGGAAGAAGAGAAAUGCACUAUUUUAGGCGGUAUUUGAGAUUGGUCCAGUAUUUGGAACACAUUUUAUUUAACUGUUUACAUUUUGUCUCCAAGCAGGCAAUGUACCCUAGUGUCUGUGUUACUGAUUAAUGACUAAUAUUUCAUGGGGAGCCCAGGAGAUGCCCUCCAGUUCUGAUGUUACACAACGCACAGAAUCCUGGACGUGCCCCCAAAAAAUGACCAGCAAAGAAGAAACUGUUUAACACUAAACAGGCAUAAGUUUAUUAAGUGAAAGCAGUCAGUUUGACAGUCUAUUCCUCAGAUAAAGAGUAGGCAACAAUUUAAAAAUUGUUGCCGUUUCUUUUCAAACAAGAACUGUUAAAAUGAGCCGUAUUACAGUAUGGUGUAGAGACCCAUCAUCGGAACCUUAUUUUAUGCAUUAUGAUGCAGUCAUUGGGAUUUAAGUGUACAUAAAAUAAACUGAAUAUAUUAUAGUUGUGGAAAGAUUAGAUUUAAUAUGAACAAUAACAACUUUAUUAAAUCUGCUUACUGCUGAUAAUGAUUGGUACAAAUGGACAAAAGUUCUGUUCUACCUGGAUCAUUUGUCAACAGCCAAAAUGACUUAAUAUAUCAGUAACCAUCUUUGUUUCUCCUACUGUAAAACUGUUUUGCACUAACAAAGAUUUAGAUUUGUUGGAAGUAUUUGUACUGAGAAGUAAAACUGAUGUAAUAGUGUGCACCUUUGUAUUUAGGCUGCUGAUUGGUCCAUUUGUGGUGUGUUUAGGUGCCUAAAAUAAUAACUGGAGCUGCUUUCGGUGCCGGUCUUUUUUUCAUUUUACUUGAUGAAUUGCACAAAAAAAGUGUCAAGCCUUUAAGAAUCCUUUCAAAAAGAUAUAAGAAAAGGCAAAAACUCAAGACAGUCUAAUCUGUGCAGAAAGUCAGUAUAAAAUCUAAAGAAGGAACGUUCUGCAAGAAGCUUUUGUGAAGCACAAGUGUAGAAGGAUGGUUUAAAAUAUAUCAAGCCUUAAUGAAGAUACAUGUGCUAAUAAUAUUUAGAUUUCUGCUUUGCUGUUUUUGGCAAAGUAACUCAAACAUAUGUUAACAUCACACAGAGAUAAUCGGAGUAAAUCAGCUUUCAAAUGAUUUCAUUUCAGGGAAAAAUUUUCCAAACCAACUUGACCUUAUGUGAAAAGUAAUCAACCCCCUUGUUAAAUCAUGAAUUAUUCAUGAAGGAAGCAGAGCUAACUUCAGCCAGGCCUGAUUAACAUGUAGAAUCAAGAAAGAACUUAUAUAGAACCUUUCUGACAGCAUGAAGUAGACUAAAAGAUCUUUUAAAAGCAACACCCUGAUCUAAAGAAAAUCAGCAACAGAUGAGAAAUGUGCAGCAGAACAAUGAUCUCAAGCACACCACCACAUCCUCCUUUAAUUGGGUUAAAACUAAAAGUAAUGAGGGUUUUGGAGCUAGUCCAAGUCUGGAUUUAUCUCAGAUUAACCUUUCAGACGGUUCAUGCUCAAAGGGUCCUAAAUGCAACUAAAUUAAAGCAGAUUGGGCCAAAAUUCCUCCAGUGAUGUAAAAGACUGAUUACCAGUUAUACCAAGGGCUUUGUUGCUGCAAACGGUGGAACAACCAGUUCGUAGGAUUAGGGAUGAUAACUUUUUCCCAUAGACCCAAGUUGGUUUGACUCAUUUUUCCUUUUAAUAAAUGAAAUUGUCAUUUAAAAAAGUGCUUUGCUUUUCCUCUGAUUAUCCUUGGUCUUAAAAUUAGUUUUGUCUGAGACAUUUAAUUCUGACAAAAUGGAUCAAAAAGGCUUUUUCCAGGUGUGGAACGUCUGACUUUUAGUUUCACUGUUUUUGUUUGUUUCCAGUGCUAUAAAACAUCCAGAUGAGCACAUAAUGAAUUAAAAUAAUUCAUUUUGAUAUAAUCAUAAAAGACUGGAUUUUUAGUUCAUGUAGGCAGCUUAAUGCACUUUGUCACAUUCUCGUUUCUGUUUGCUCAUCUGACUUGGAUGAACAAGACCCACAUACCCUUCUAUCCCUAGUCUCUACACCUUUACACAUGUCUAAUUGAGCUGUCUUGUGCUCUGUGUAUUUCCAAGAAGAUCAAAUGUGACACUAAGGCUUGACCUUUGAUUUCUUUAGAAAAACCUUGUUUAUUUUUCUUCUGUGAUCUUUGGAUUGUUGGAAGGAAAUCUUGCAGAAUGUGUGUGAAUGUGUUCAGUUUGAAGAAUUUGCGCUGUUACAACCUGAUAGAGUUGUGUUUUCUGUAUCCUGUGAGCCAUUUUUUUCCAUCUAUGCAAAAGAUGAGAGCUAGCCAAAUGUAUUUUAUACCAUGUGGAAAUUUUUUUUUAAUAAUAAUAAACCAUGUAUAUGGAAUAAAUUCUUUUAAA